GCUGAAGCCGGCAAACAUGGUCGACGCCUAUUUUCUCAGCCAGGGUUUGACUACCCUGGCAGGGUUGUUGCUCUUGCCCUUCGGCAGCUUGGCCGCUAGUCAGAUCGAGGAUCAAGCAGAACAGUUCUUUAGAAGUGGCCAUACAAACAACUGGGCAGUUUUGGUUUGUACCUCCAGAUUCUGGUUUAAUUAUCGACAUGUUGCAAAUACUCUUUCUGUUUAUAGAAGUGUCAAGAGGCUAGGUAUUCCUGACAGCCACAUUGUUCUGAUGCUUGCAGAUGAUAUGGCAUGCAACCCUAGAAAUCCUAAACCAGCUACAGUGUAUAGUCACAAGAAUAUGGAACUGAAUGUGUAUGGAGAUGAUGUAGAAGUGGAUUAUAGAAGUUAUGAGGUAACUGUGGAGAAUUUUUUACGGGUGUUAACUGGGAGGAUUCCAUCUAGCACGCCUCGGUCGAAACGUCUUCUUUCUGAUGAUCGGAGCAAUAUUCUUAUUUAUAUGACAGGACAUGGUGGAAAUGGUUUCUUGAAAUUUCAAGAUUCUGAAGAAAUUACCAACAUAGAACUUGCAGAUGCUUUUGAACAAAUGUGGCAGAAAAGACGAUACAAUGAGCUACUAUUUAUUAUUGAUACUUGUCAAGGAGCAUCCAUGUAUGAGAGAUUUUAUUCUCCUAACAUAAUGGCUUUAGCUAGUAGCCAAGUGGGAGAAGAUUCACUUUCGCAUCAACCUGAUCCUGCAGUUGGAGUCCAUCUUAUGGAUAGAUACACAUUUUAUGUCUUAGAAUUUUUGGAGGAAAUUAAUCCAGCUAGCCAAACUAAUAUGAAUGACCUUUUUCAGGUGUGCCCCAAAAGUCUGUGUGUGUCUACUCCUGGACACCGCACUGAUCUUUUUCAGAGGGAUCCUAAAAAUGUCCUGAUAACUGAUUUCUUUGGAAGUGUACGUAAAGUGGAAAUUACAACAGAGACUCUUAGUUUGCAGCCAGAUUCAGGAGUCAUGGAAAGCAGCUAUAAGAAAGACCAGAUGGUUGAGGAUCUAAUGGAACCUCUGAAAUACGCUGAACAACUUCCGGUAGCUCAGAUAAUACACCAGAAACCAAAGCUGAAGGAUUGGCAUCCUCCUGGAGGUUUUAUUCUGGGAUUGUGGGCACUCAUUAUCAUGGUUUUCUUCAAAACUUAUGGAAUCAAGCAUAUGAAGUUCAUUUUCUAAAUGUGGUGAUGUAUGAAGAUUGCAUGAAAGGCUACAACAUUGGAUAUAAGUUCAUGUCAAUAUAUUUUCAAAAAUACAUUGUUCUUGUGUGACUUGGCAGAAAGUAUAAGCAAACUGUAAAUUUGAAUGAGCUAUUGUUUUUAUAACUUAAAGAAAAAUUAUUGUUAAUGCAAGUGCUAAAUGGCACUAAAUAUAUUUCAGUUUUUCAUUUUGUGUGUUAUUAAAAUAUUGGGAUAAAGAGAUCACAGUAUUCUCACUGACUCUUUCUGAAAAUAAGAAUUUCCCCUUGUUUAAUCCCCUUUCAUUUGGAAAGGAAAAAAAUGUGAAGACAUUAAAUUCUCGCUAGCAGGGGUAUCCUCUGUUAAUAUUUUUAUGUAUAUUCUCCUAGUCUUUUUCAUAUUUUUUUCCAAAAUAGACAUCAUAUAGAAGAUUUUGUCAGUUGUCAUUUUGCAGUGUAUUGUCAACCAUUUGCCUCUCCUUGGACAUUCUUCAAGGACACAUUGUGAAUGGCUAUGUACCAUCAAUUUUAUGAAUGUACAGUAAUUUGUUUAAUAUUUUUCUAUAAUUAGACUACUUACUUUGUUCCCCAAAUUUUCUUCUGGUUCAUUCUUUGAUGUGUUAAUAUGGACUUCUCUGGUGGCUCAGAUAGUAAAGAAUCUGCAUGCCAUGCAGGAGACCCAGGUUCGAUCCCUGGGUUGGGAAGAUCCCCUGGAAAAGGGAAUGGCAACUCACUCCAGCAUUCUUGACUGGAGAAUUCCAUGGACAGAGGAGUGUGGUGGGCUGUAGUUCGUGGUUUUGCUAAGGGUCAGACAUGACCAAGUGACUGACACUUUCAUGUGUUAAUAUUUUAUUUAUCAGCUAUUUAGCUAGAAUUCUACAGCUAAAAUUGUAAUGUGAAAAAUUAGUUUUUUAAUCUGUGGUACUGACAGUCCCCAGGGCUUUAUUUACUGUCAGUUUAUCUGGAAAAUUUAAGAUCUUUAGAAAUGUCACAUAUUGACUGCUCAAGAGAAACAAAUCCCAUCAUUUUUUGUUUCUAAGCAUUCUGUGAUCCUCUAGAAUUGAUCACCUCCUCUUCGGUUUCCUCACUGAAAAAGAUAUUGCUUCAUUCUGUUUAAGGUAAACCUUGCGCAGGGGCUGGGUCUGCACUUUUUUCUGGACGGUCCCAUAAGGUGGAUAGACUAUAGGAAAAAUUUGUGCUUGUGGCCGUGUCCUUGUGUGUGACUGAUGCAUCGUGUAAGACAGUAAGCCUCUUGUCUGGUCUCUGAUGAUGCAAGGCUCCUAUCCCCACACUGACUUUUUCAUCUUGCCAGUCGUAACAGGAAAUGGUAUUGAGAUUGUGCUUUGCUCUCAGGCCCAGAUUUGUUUCUUCAUGUAUGAGGGGGAGAAAAAAAUCCUGAAAGUUGAGUAUUCAUGUCCCUGGGACACAUUUUUAUAUUUUAUCUGUUUUUUUCUAGGAACUUUGUGUUAAUCUUAAAGUCACUAUGAAGAUAUGUUUUGUAAUUAUAGGAAACAUUCAGAAGACAACUCUUCCUCUACAAUAAGACCUCUUAAAGCUAAUAUUCCUUAGAUUCUGUUUUCCUUUUAGCACUUAAAAUAUUACCUUUUAAUUAUAUGCAAAAUGAUCAUUCUUUUCACAGGCAAAGGAUUAACUGUGUUAUCUCUCAGGUUAGAACAAAUGGUAUUGAAGCUUUUUGCAAGUUCUGAAUCUUCAUUUUAAUGGAUCUUUUUACUGGUACAGGAGGUAAAUGAAGAAGGAAAAAUUUUAUCUGAUUAUAUGGAAAAGCAUCUUUUUGUACAUAGAAAGAAAAGCAAACUUAAAUUCAAAUAGCUGAAUUUUAAUAGUUCUAUGAGACAAAGGUUGACUGUGUUAUCCUCUAAACACUUGCACAAGGUCAUGAACACUAUGGUUGGAAGGGGUAAGCUACUUAGAUUAGUAAAGGAAAUAUGAUUGUUCUUGAGCCAAAGUAAUUUAGUUUGAAUAUAAUGAAACAUACCCUGAUGGUAAAGCCUACCAGAAAGUAAAAGGAUUCCUCUUCAGAGAUUGGAGAAGGUGCCUUUCUUAGUUAAAACCAAACUGGGAGAAGUAAUACUGGAUAUAAUAUACGAGAUCAAUUGUAUUCCAGACAAAUUUCAAAGGGCAGUUAUUUCUUUCUGUUUCAUUACUGAAUUGUCAGAAUACAGUUAAAGCAAAAAGCUUGAAAUAUGUUAAAUGCUUAGCUCAUAACCAUAAUCUUUUUAUGUAAAGUAUAUUCUGCCUUCAAUAAUAAGUAAAUCCUCUGCAUAUGUUAAGUGGGUAAUACCAUAAGUGUAAUUAAAUGGCCCAGACUUUAACUGAUAACAUAAAAGCACAUCCUUAAAUAUAUUCUCCUCGAGUCACAAAGAGCUGAGCAACUGAAAGGUGUUUUCCCUUUGCCUUUCUCACAGUGUUGUAGUGAGGAUCAGAUGAGCUAAUGAUAUGACUAAACCCUUUGGAAACUGUAAAUAUUUGCUGGUGUUAUUUUUCAUAUUUCUGGUUAGGAAGAUACCAAGGGGGAAGUUAAUGGUGCCAGGGUCCCUUUUUCUGUUGUACUUAUUUACCUUUCUAAGCUACUCAGUGUUAUUCCUGUUCUCUUUUGUAUUUUUUCUCUCUUUCCCUACAGUGCCCUUCAGGGAGACAAGGAUACUGUAGAUAAAUGGAUCCCAACAGACUUGUCCUGACCUUUUUGGGGAGGGACAGCAUAUAAUGAUGCUGUUUAAAGGCAGCCUGCUUGAGAAAAAGAAACCAAAUGAUGUGGAUUUUAAAAUUAUGAAAAACAUUUACUUGCAGUUUAUGAAAGAGAAAUGUAGCUUGGAUGCAAAUCUGAUUAAAUUGGAUCAAGAAAAAUUGGAAUUAAGUACAAAAAAUAAUGCAUGCAUUUAUAGUUUCCAUUUUUAUAUAUCCUAAGCUAGUUGAAAAUGAUGAUUCCCACAACAAGCAUAACUCAGCUUGUUUCUGCUUACUGAGUAUUUUCCACUGUGGUAUAUGUUGAUAUCAUUUCUUCCAUUAUGUAUGUUGUACAGCAGAGUUACUGUUACUGUGGGAAUCAUAAUUUGAAAUUUUGACUUGUGCGUUUCUGGAAUCUUUACAAUAAAUGUUAUAUUAGCAUAAAAAUUUUUUUUCAUUGAGUUUACCAAAAUUAAAUUCAUCUAUAGCAGAUACUAUUUUAACUUAUGAAAGAAAUAUUUUAUAAACAUACCACAAGAUAUAACAAUAAAAUGAGAUCAGUCUCCAUUUUACUUUAUGGAAUCAGCUCCAUUACUUCAUUGUCACAUUUCCUGCCUGAGUGCAUAUACCUGUGUGUGUACCUGCUACCGAAAUAUGAAAGUCUUUUAGUUCAUAGACAGUAUGUGCUAAGUUGCUUCAGUCAUGUCCAACUCUUUAUGACCCCAUGCACUGCAGACCACCAGGCUCCUGUGUCCAUGGAAUUCUCGAGGCAAGUAUACCAGAAAUUGAACCCUCUUAUGUCUCCUGCAUUGGCAGGCGGGUUCUUUACCACCAGUGCCACCUGGGACCAUACACCUUAGCCAGUAUCCUUUUCCCCUUUUCUGCUGUUUUGAACGUAUGCUGUAAAACAUUUGAUGCAGUUUAUCUGAGUACACCCUUUAAUGGGAUUGAUAUAGAUGAAGGUGUGAUCAAGAAACCCAUUAUUAAAAAUUCAUUUACACUAAACUUGGAAA